AACGUGAAAGAAGACAGUAGGUCAUUUUGACCAGUUGGGGGCGCUGUGUUUUCUUCUCCAACAUCCUAACCUAAGCGGGCCCAGCAGCUUCUUCCGGGCGUCUCGCUGCCUUGCAGAGGUUGAAUAUGAAUCUCAACAUGUCUGCGGAGGAAGCGGACAAAACAGCCACCACUGACGCCAGCGCCGGCGAUGAGGAGGAGGAAUGGCUGUAUGGAGAUGAGUCAGAAAGCAAGGAGGAGGAUGAAGAAACUAAACUGAGUGCUGCUGUCAGUGCACCUGCUGAGACUUCAACAGACGAUGCUGCUGUUGCUGAUGUACACGCUACAGGAAACGGAGUGGCCUCUGAGGUGCCAGGUGAAGCUGCAGGGGAGGAUGUGGAGAGUGACAGCGACAGUGAUGACGACGACGAUGAUGUCCAAGUUACCAUUGGUGACAUCAAAACUGGAGCACCACAAUACACGACAUACGGAGCCCCACCUGUUAAUCUAAACAUAAAGACCACAGGUUCCAGACCGUACGGACAAGUGACCACAAAGCUGAAGGGGGUGGAUCUGGAUGCUCCUGGAAGCAUUAAUGGUGUUCCUGUGUUGGAGGUGGACAUGGAGUCCUUUGAAGAGAAACCCUGGAGGAAGCCAGGAGCGGAUCUGUCAGACUACUUCAACUAUGGUUUUAACGAGGACAGCUGGAAGGCUUAUUGUGAGAAACAGAAGAGACUGCGGAUGGGCCUGGAGGUCUCUACAAUUGGAUCAGUGACGAGCAAGAUCACUGUUCAACAAGGCAGAACAGGAAAUGAAAAGGAUGUAUCUAGUUUGGCUGUUCACACUUCCAAGACUGACUUUACAUCUCCUGUCAGCCUGUACAAGUCUGCUGUCAGUCAGAUCACCAGGAAGACGAGUGGUACCAUUGAUGUGAUUGGUGGACAGAUGGCCACAAUCAGCAGAGUUGAGGGGCGACGCAGACACAAUCUGGAGGGCAACAAUAUCCAGGUGAUCUCUGAGCAUACAACAUCAGAAGCUGAACCAGCCGCAGCUAAGAUUCCUACCUUCUUCCCCCCUGGACCGCUUCCUCCAAACAUACCCCCACCUCCUUUUCUCCCUCCUCCACCAAAUGUCAGCACUGCACCUCCUCUCAUACCUCCUCCCAGAUUGCCCAUUACAGUCCCUCCUCCUGGUUUCCACCCUCCAACAAGCGGCCCUCCACCUUCUUUAAUUCCCACAAUGGACAGCAGCCACGCUGGAGGCUACGAUGGUCGUCCUGUCCCCCCGUUCCCCUUUCCUCAAGGUGCUUACCCUCCACCUUUAGCUGGAGGUGUGCCUCCCCCAUGGCCCCCCAUGGUGGACAACAGCAAGCCGUGGGACUACUAUUCUCGUCGAGAGGACAAGAGAGACAAGGACCGAGACAGACCCAGAGAGAGGACGCAUGAGCGGGAGCGAGACAGGGAGCACAGCCCCUCAACCAUGAGCUACACCAGGUCAGACGGACAGACACACACAUGCGAUGAGGAGCGGUAUCGCUACCGCGAGUACCCCGAACGUGGUUACCCAGAGCGUCAUCGUGACCGGGCCAGCCGAGAAAAAGAGGAGAGGCACAGGGAGAGGCGGCACAGAGAGAAGGAGGAGGGACGUCACAAGUCCUCUCGCAGCAGCAGCAGUCGAAGGAGACACGACAGUGAGGAGGGCGACAGCCACAGGAGGCACAAACACAAGAAGAGUAAGAGGAGCAAGGAGGGCAAAGAGGCUAGUGAGGAUAUGGGUGCAGAUCAGGAAAACCAAGAGGCUAUGGAGUAGGGAUGACCACCUCCUGUUUUCCCCUCAAUUUGUCCUCAUGCUGACAAAAUAGGCGUGGAAGGGGGUGAGAUUAAUGCGACUUGUUCUCCUCUCCAUCAGUCAGUUUCCCCUGCAUCCUCUUGUUAAACCUCACCAUCACUUCAGAAUGGACAGAGGAGAACAGGAGCUGAAAGGAGAGCUGCUCAUUCUUCUUUUGUUUCCACCAGUAAACACAGUUGUCCCUGCACCCACCUCCAUCCUGUCCCUACCCUCCUCUCAGAGCACGGCCAGAACAGCUAGGUCAUGUUCAGAGAUUUCAUUGUAUAUUCUGGACCAUCGGUCUGAUAUGACCUUUUGUAUUUUUGGUUUGAUAUCCUUUUGUUCUUGUCCGAAAUUAAGACCUCAAAAAAAAAACGUUAAGUUUGAUUAAAACACUUUUGAUAA